AUGGCUGCCCUAUUCCUACAUGGUUUUGUCCAAAUAGGGAACUGCAAGAGUGGGAUGUCUAAGUCAAAAGAAUCAUUCAUUGAAGCAGUGGAAGGAAGGAAGAAAGAUAGACUGGUGCUCUAUUUCAAAAAUGGAAAAUGUAACACUUUUCAGCUAAGUGAUAAUAUUCAAAACGUAGUCCUAAGAUCCUUUAGAGGAAACCAAAAUCCGCAUUUAACUUUACAAAAUAAUAAUGUCUUGUUUGUUGAAGGAUUAUCCUCCACAGAUGCUGAACAAUUGAAGACAUUCCUGGACAGAGUUCAUCAAAACAAGGUUCAGUCACCUGUGAGACCUGGUAAGGGUAGGAAUGUCUUUUCUAGCACAACAACACAGAAGGAAAUCAACAAAACUUCAUUCCACAGAGUUGAUGAGAAAUCAAGUAGGAAAUCUUUUGAGAUAGCAAAAGGAAGUGGGACAGGUGUCCUUCAGAGGAUGCCUUUGCUUACAUCAAAAUCGUCAACACUUACUUGCGGAGAGUUACCUGAAAAUCAGCACAAGAAGAGGAAAAGAAUGCUCUCAUCUAGCUCAGAGAUGAAUGAGGAAUUCUUGAAAGAAAAUAAUUCUGUAGAAUACAAGAAAUCCAAGGCAGAUCGCUUGAGGUGUGUAAGCUAUAAUCGAAAGAAACAAUUGAAGUUAAAAGAGUUAGAAGAGAAUAAGAAAUUGGAAUGUGAAUCUUCGUGCAUCAUGAAGGCUACUGGAAGUCCUUACCUAGAUGACAUUGGAUUUCUCCAAGCUCUCACUGAGAAAAUGGUUUUGGCAUUUCUAUUACAACCAGGGUAUAGUGACGGUUACACAAAGUGGGAUAAGUUAAAACUAUUUUUUGAAUUAUUUCCAGAGAAAAUAUGCCACGGCCUCCCCAAUUUGGGAAACACCUGUUAUAUGAAUGCAGUUUUACAGUCUCUACUUUCGAUUCCAUCGUUUGCUGAUGAUUUACUUAAUCAGAGUUUCCCAUGGGGUAAAAUUCCCCUUAAUGCUCUUACCAUGUGCUUGGCACGGCUACUUUUUUUUAAAGAUACUUAUAAUAUAGAAAUCAAGGAGAUGUUACUCUUGAAUAUUAAAAAGGCCAUUUCAGCAGUUGCAGAGAUAUUCCAUGGCAAUGCACAGAACGAUGCUCAUGAGUUUUUAGCUCACUGUUUAGAUCAGCUGAAAGAUAACAUGGAAAAACUCAACACAAUUUGGAAGCCUAAAAGUGAAUUUGUGGAAGAUAAUUUUCCUAAACGGGUUUUUGCUGAUGAUCCUGAUACCAAUGGGUUUUCUUGCCCUGUCAUUACUAAUUUUGAGUUAGAGUUGUUGCACUCCAUUGCUUGUAAAGCUUGUGGUCAGGUUAUUCUCAAGACAGAACUGAAUAAUUACCUCUCCAUCAACCUUCCCCAAGGAAUGAAAGCACGCCCUUCAUCUAUUCAGUCUACUUUUGAUCUUUUUUUUGGAGCAGAAGAGCUUGAGUAUAAAUGUGCAAAAUGUAAGCACAAGACUUCUGUUGGAGUGCACUCAUUCAGUAGGCUACCUAGAAUCCUUAUUGUUCACCUCAAACGCUAUAGCUUGAAUGAGUUUUGUUCAUUAAAGAAGAAUGGCCGGGAGGUCGUCAUUUCCAAAUAUUUAAAGGUGUCUUCUCAUUGCAAUGAAGGCACCAGACCACCUCUUCCCUUGAGUGAGGAUGGAGAAAUUACGGAUUUCCAAUUAUUAAAAGUUAUUCGAAAGAUGACUUCUGGAAGCAUCAGUGUAUCAUGGCCUUCAACAAAGGAACCCAAAGAUAUCCUAGCUUCACACAUUGGAUCAGAUACGGAGUCUGAACACAAAAAAGGCCAGACAGUCCUUAAAGGGGCAAGCAGAAGACAGCAGCAAAAAUACCUUGGAAAAAAUUUUAAACCAAAUGAGCCAGAAUCUGUGUACUCAGGAGAUCGAGCAUUCAUUGAAAAAGAACUGUUAGCUCACUUAAUGGCAUAUCUGGAAGAUACCUCACUUUGUCAGUUCCACAAAGCUGGAGGUAAACCUGCCAGCAGCCCAGACACAUGUCUUGCAGAAGUUCACUUUCAAACAGUCCCUGAAAAUCCAAAACGAAAGAAAUAUGUGAAAACCAGUAAGUUUGUAGCUUUUGAUAGCAUUAUCAAUCGUACUAAAGAUUUGUAUGAAGAUAAAAAUGUCAGAAUUCCAGAAAAAUUCCAAAAAGUGUCUGAACAGACUCAGCAGUGUGAUGCUAUGAGAAUCUGUGAACAAGCCCCUCAGCAGGCACUACCUCGAAGCUUUCCAAAGCCAGGUUUCCAGGGGCACACAAAGAACCUCAUAAAACCUACAAAAUUAAAUCUCCAGAAGCCUAACAGGAAUUCCCUACCUGCACUGGGUUCCAAUAAGAACCCAAGAAACAAAGACAUUUUAGAUAAGAUAAAAUCUAAAGCCAAGGAAACAAAAAGAAAUGACGAUAAGGGAGAUCAUACCUACCGGCUCAUUAGUGUUGUCAGCCAUCUUGGGAAGACUCUAAAGUCAGGCCAUUAUAUCUGCGAUGCCUAUGACUUUGAGAAGCAGAUCUGGUUCACUUACAAUGAUAUGCAGGUGUUAGGUAUCCAGGAGGCCCAGAUGCAGGAGGAUAGGCGUUGCACUGGGUACAUCUUCUUUUACAUGCAUAAUGAGAUCUUUGAAGAGAUGUUGAAAAGAGAAGAGAAUGCCCAGCUUAAGAGCAAGGAAGUAGAGGAGACCCUUCAGAAGGAGUAAGAGGAACGUACUCCUCCUUGAACAGAUCUGCUUGACUGUCUCACUCGAUACCACUUCCUCCAUGGAAGGAAAACUCUAAUCUUUAUCCAGAGAUGAAAACGCAAUUACUCUAGGACCAAAGGUCAAACAGA